CUCGCGGGCUGUGGGGCCGCGGCGGCUCCUCUGCCGGGUCGCGCCGGAGGCCGUGCUUCGGGCGGCGGCCUGGGCGGCCUGGGCGGCCUGCGGACGGACGGACGGCCGGGCGGAGGCGCAGGCCCCGCGCCCGCCGCGUGCCCCUGCGGCGGCGCCGGCCCGCACCAUGGCCGCGUCGCCGGGCUCGGGCAGCGCCAACCCGCGGAAGUUCAGUGAGAAGAUCGCGCUGCACACGCAGCGGCAGGCCGAGGAGACGCGGGCCUUCGAGCAGCUCAUGACCGACCUCACCCUGUCGCGGGUUCAAUUUCAGAAGCUUCAGCAACUGCGCCUUACACAGUACCAUGGAGGAUCCUUACCAAAUGUGAGCCAGCUGCGGAGCAGUGCGCCAGAGUUUCAGCCGUCCUUUCACCAAGCUGAUAGCCUACGGGGGACUCGCCAUCAUGGGCUGGUGGAGAGGCCAUCCAGGACCCGCUUCCACCCCCUCCACCGACGGUCUGGGGACAAACCAGGGCGACAGUUUGAUGGUAGUACUUUUGGAGGCAUUUACUCCUCACAGCCCCUGGAUGAGAGUUGGCCAAGGCAGCAGCCUCCUUGGAAAGAAGAAAAGCACCCUGGGUUCAGGCUAACGUCUGCCCUUAACAGGACCAAUUCUGAUUCUGCUCUUCACACAAGUGCUCUGAGCACCAAGCCCCAGGACCCCUAUGGAGGAGGGGCCCAGUCGGCCUGGCCUGCCCCAUACAUGGGUUUCUGUGAUGGUGAGAAUGACGCACACGGGGAAGUUGUGUCUUUCCCUGGCCCAUUGAAAGAAGAGAAUCUGUUAAAUGUUCCCAAGCCACUGCCAAAACAGCUGUGGGAGACCAAGGAGAUGCAGUCCCUGUCAGGGCGCCCUCGAUCCUGUGAUGUUGGAGGUGGCAACGCUUUUCCACACAACGGUCAAAACAUAGGCCUUUCACCCUUUCUGGGGACCCUGAACACUGGGGGGUCAUUGCCAGAUCUAACCAACCUCCACUACUCCACGCCCCUGCCUGCCUCCCUGGACACCGGUGACCACGUCUUUGGUAGCAUGAGUGUAGGGCACAGUGUGGGCAACCUCCCCGCUGCUAUGACGCACCUGGGCCUCAGAAGCUCUUCUGGUCUCCAGAGUUCUCGGAGUAACCCCUCCAUCCAGGCCACGCUCAACAAGACGGCGCUUUCCUCUUCCCUAAGUCGCCACCCGCAGACGUCCGCUCCCAGUGCCUCUGCUCUUCACCCUUCACUCCGUCUCUUCUCCCUUAGCAACCCCUCUCUUCCCACCACAAACCUGAGCGGCCCCUCUCGGCGUAGGCAGCCUCCCGUCAGCCCUCUCACACUUUCUCCUGGCCCUGAAGCACCUCAAGGUUUCAGCAGACAGCUCUCUUCAACCAGCCCACUGAACCCAUACCCUGCCUCGCAGAUGGUGUCUUCCGAUCGAAGCCCGCUCUCUUUCCUGCCAACAGAAGCUCAAGCCCAUGUGUCCCCACCGCCCCCUUACCCCACACCCCAGGAGCUCCCCCAGCCUCUCCUGCAGCAGCCCCGCACCCAGGAGCCCCCUGCUCAGCAGCCCCAGGCAGCCUCAUCUCUGCCACAGUCAGACUUCCCGCUCCUCACGCCCCAGGGCUCUUCUUUGACCAACUUCUUCCCGGAUGUGAGCUUUGACCAGCAGUCCUUGAGGCCAGACCCAGCAUUUACCCAACAGGUGCCCCUGGUGCCGCAGGGUCCACGAGAACCCCAGGACUCAUUUCAUUUGAGACCAAACCUGUAUUCUAACUGCGGGAAUUUCCCAAACACCGUGCUGACAGAAGACUCGAGCACCAGCCUGUUCAAAGACCUCAGCAGCGCACUGGCAGGCAUGCCUGAGGUCAGCCUGAGCGUGGACACUCCGUUUCCGUUGGAAGAAGAGCUCCAAAUUGAACCCCUGAGCCUGGACGGACUCAACAUGUUAAGUGACUCCAGCAUGGGCCUGCUUGACCCUUCUGUGGAAGAGACAUUUCGAGCUGACCGACUGUGACAGAGUGAAACAGAACAGGAGAAUUUAUUUCUGAAACAGCUAAAAUAGAACGGAAUAGAAUGGAGCCAGCUAGACCCCUGGGCUGUAGUUAUCUCAAGCUUCUGACGUAGAAGGAACCGAUUCCACGGCCCCCAGCUUUCGGAUGAGGUUGCGUCUCGCACGCUGUGGCUCCCUCUCGACCACAGAGCUCUGCACUGCCUCCCAGGCCUGCGGCAAGGGUGCUGCUGCAGGCAGGCUGCUUUGGAGCUUCUGAUGAGUGGGUCCUCACCGUGACCGUUAAAUCUUUCUGUUGGCCAUCUGGUUGAUCGAUGUGUAAAAGUAGAAAAUACCAUGCACUGGAGGCCCCAGUAGCGUUGCGUAGUGCUCAGAACCACUGAUCUCAGCCGACACUGAAGAAGGGCCCUGCAGGGGAGGCCGGCAGGAGCCACAGGCUUUCGGGAACGGGCUUGGGUCUGAGCAGCAGUACCCCAGCACCUCGGGCCUUCUCGAUCUAGCUGUUAUGGCUGUGCGCCCGCCAGCUGGUGGCAGGGAUGUGCCAGAACAGAGAGGAGAGCUGUGUUCUCUCCGAUGCCUUAAUUCUAAUAUGAAGAAGACUACCACGAGGCCAAGAACAGACUUGAGUUAAGCAAACUGAAGUCUACUUUGUUUCCUCCGGUCUACAGUCUCUCCUGCUGCUCCAGGAUCCCUUUUCCUGUGGACAAGAGGAAGAGGAAGACUAUUCUACUCAGUCACUGAAAGAAAGUCCCCUGGUGAUAGAUGAGCCUGAGGAGAACAGUGCUGUUCUUGGUGGCUGGGGAAGAAGGAAGGGGGCUGUAGGUGUCUCACAGACACGUGUCAUCCCCUAGACAAGCUCCAGGCAAGUGCAGGCCUCCCUCUCUGCAGACCAGCUGGAGGGGAUGGCCGGAGGUCUGGACUGAGGGAAGCUGUUUCUCUGUGGACCGGGAGUGGCACUAUGACCCCACUAGACCGUAAGCUCCUUAAGGGCAGGGACUGUGCCUUCUUCCUCGUUGAACCCCUAGUACCUAAGUGCCUAGCACUGCGUGGGUGCUGUGUAACUGCGUGUUGAAUGUGUGCAUGAAGGAAUGAAUGAGCGAAUCUGCCUUGCCGGGAGGCAGUCUAAUCUUUACCUAUCCCUAUUCCUUGCCAAAUCUCAGAGCUUUAGCUUUUCUAACACGCCUGUGGUUAAGUUCAGCGUGCACUUUAAUAUGCUGUAACACUAGGUGACCAAGUCCACAAUCCGACUGGGUGCUGUGCUCUCCUUGAGUUGCUCUGCGUGGCAGGUAGGCACAGACUAUCUUUGAGCGCCUCCAGGAUGUCUGAGCCUCCCAAGGCUGGGGCUUCAGGGAUCCUGGCCAGGCCUCCACCGCAAAAGGUCUUCCCUCUCAGAUGCACGUUUUGCUCUAGAUUGCUUUAAAAAGAGACUCAUUCUUUGAGGUUGAAGAAAUAGUCUAUAGUAAAUUGAAGGCCUAAUUCAUGAAACCAUCAUUAGUCAUCAGUACCUUAGUAUAAAAUAGUGUCACCACAUUUCCACCCCUGCCUGCUUCCUCCAACUUAGGCUAGGCCAGCCCCUGACCAGAAACCUGACUGGUGGGUUUGAAGAGAACAGAGGGGACGAUGCCUCAGAGCACUUCUGGGAAGCGGUCUGGGCAGUGGAGCAGAGCAUAGGCAUGGGAAGACAGGGCGGGGAGGACAGCAACACUGCAGGAAGAUGAGAGAUGCCGAACCUUUGCCUGGACAGCCAUGGCCCUUCCUGGGGCCACCAGGAGUGUCACUGCAGGUCGCUAGACUGCUUUCCCGCAAAGAAGCCAGGCUGCGCUAGGAGGGUCUGAACCCGACACUUCUGUGCCUUAUGGCAAGAGUCUGUCGCAGGAUCCUGACUGUCAACAUCUCCAGACCUCGUCCCGUUUCUCUUUUGUCUUCAGAGGGAUUGCCUUACGUCCAGUCUUUCAAAUUACCCUGCUGGCACACCACUCCAUCCUCCUCUGGGGGACCCAGGUCUCCUCGCUUCGCAUUAGCCCUGAACCCCUGCUGCUGAAUCGGCAGAUCCACCCGCAGUCCUUGCCUGAGCCCUGGCUCGGAGAGGAGUCGGCCUCCCCCCCAAGCCUUCUUCCCAGUGCAACUUGCAGAUCCCUUUAGACUUGAGAUCUCAGACGGAGGUGACUUCUGUUCAAAGGGCCUUUCCUUGUAACAAUACACAGCACCCCAGUGUGCCGACAGAAGCCACCUCCUUGCUGCCUUUCCUGUGUCGAAGGUCCCCGAAAUCUGAUCUGGCCUUUGAGACAGGGAGUGAUGCUGUUAGUAAGAAGUUUUUGGUGUGGGGUUUUUUGGGUUUUUUUUUGAGAAAUGGAGGUCCCAGCAUAAUCCACUCUUGCACAGUGCCUUUCCCAUGGGGAUCAUCGAUGUCGGGGUGCCAGCUCUCUUUGUCUGCAGGGCAGCCGUGCCUUACAACUGGAGACCCUGAGACCUACACUGUGAAGUGCGCUGCCCCUGGGGCAUUCUCCAGGUGACACAUGGAAAUGGAGGCUCCCAGGAAAAGUGACAUUUUGGCGGGACUGUAAUGAUGACAGUAAGGUUUAGCACUGAACUAAGUUUGUCCGUAAGUCCAUCAGUCCAGUCUUGUCCUGUGAAAAGGUUUUGGGCAUUAGACCAUCCACUUUGCUUAGAUGGUGUCCAGGCCACCCAUGGACAGGUGUCGUGCCUUCAGCGGCUGAGUCUGCACUCAUUGCUGCCUUUGCAACAAACCAGGGGUGGUCCUCGGCAUCUGAAGUGGCUGCAUACUUCAAAAUAAACUAUUUUUCAAUAUUUAGUUUUGUCACAAGAAAUUUAUGGCUGUACUACUUUCAUUUACUAGCAGUUAAAUAGCAUAGAACUAAAAACCUAUCUGUUUCCGUUUUUUCUUUCUGUGUGGUUGUGGUUUUUAGGACAGACAGUGUUAGGAGAGAAUUUUCUUGAUCAUGUCAAGAUCAACAUAAAUUCUCCUUUGUCCUGUUUCAUUUCUCCUAAGUCUACUGUCUGUCACCUGAGCUGAGAUGUUGUGUAUUCCAACCAUUUGUGUAUUUGAAGACAUUUCCAAUCUGACUCUCACGGGCUCUUCUGAUUUAUGCACAGAUGGUUCCAUUGCUUCAUGGUGGACCCAUCAGAGCAACUAGUCAGCCUGCCCGCCAGUGUCCUGAGUCCCAGCCCCUUGUUAAACAAUAUUUAAAGAUUGGAAUUUGUGUAAAGUAGCUUCCGAGUUUUAUAACGCCUCAUUUUACAUCUUUCGUAAUUAAAAGCAGCACAAUAAGGUGGCA